GCUCCUCCCGUCAGUCCUUCCUUCCUGCGGCGCCUGCUCGCUUCGAGGUAUGGGGCAGCGCCUCCGGCCCGUCAGCACCACCUGAGGAUCCCGGAAGUCGCCCCCGCCAUGGAAGACGACCAGGAGCUGGAGAGGAAAGCAAUAGAAGAACUCCUUAAAGAGGCAAAACGUGGGAAAACAAGAGCAGAGACAAUGGGACCUAUGGGCUGGAUGAAGUGUCCUCUUGUUGGUACAAAUAAAAGAUUUCUAAUUAACACAAUUAAGAACACGCUGCCCUCCCAGAAAGAGCAAGACCAAGAACAAAAAGAGGGCAGUGAGGAACCUGCGAAAAGCCAGGACCAGAAGGAGGAAAGCCGGCAGAAGCACAGAACCCACCCAUACAAGCACAGGGUCCACGCUCGGGGCCCUGCCCGUCAUUCUCCGCCGGGGAAGCGGCGCAGCCCGGAGAAGUCCCAGAAGCGAUCCAGCAAGCGGUGAGGCAGGGACGCAGCGCGAGCGCGACCGUCCCAGCACCCGGGCCUGGGCUGGUGCAGAGACGGGGCUGAGGACGGGCCCGCGCUGGCAGCGCAAACACCCAAGAGGGAUUUUCCAGCAGGGCCGCUGUCGUGACAGCGGAAGAUCACCUGAGGCUCCGAGGAAAGAGUUCAAAGGGAACGCUCUGAAGACGCCUUGGCAAGUUUAAGCUGCUUCAGCGGUGUAGUAUACAUACGUAUUGAUUUUAUUCUGUCUUGUUUGGAAGUUGGUUUCAAAAUAAAUCUUAAAAGUUUUCAGAGAUUAUUAAAA